UCGGGCGAGUUGAAUUGGGUCAUCGUCCUCCGCCAAUCUUCUCCUCCCGCGUCCAUGUCGUCGUCUUCCCUCAAACUGGAGAACUGGUAGCUUGCUCCACCUCUUCAAUUUCUUUCCAUUGAAUUGAAUUGGAUUGGAUUGGAAUCCAACAAUUCUCUGAACGUUCUUAGGGUUUCCUCCUCUUCUCUUUUCCCUUCUAAACUCUCGGAGAUAUUGUCGUAAAACCCCUCUUUUUGUUUUUGUGCGAUCAAUUCUCUCACAUUUCUCUGUUACUUCAACCAUCAUCUCUGUGCGCCUCGCAUCUGAUUGUCUGCUGCAAUCGUUGUUUGAAUUUUGCCCUCCCACUCGCGACUAGGUUUCUGUCUCCCUCUCAUUGUUUGCAAUUCGGUUAUCUGAAGCAAGUAUUGGCUUUAUUGAUUGUUUUUCCCGGCCACCGUGGGUCACGAGAGGAAGAUUAUGACUAGAACGUAUGCAAUUUCUAGAGCGGGUAAAUUUCGAUCUCGAGGGAUUUUCAAUGGAAUUUGUUCCAUUGUGUUGCUUUUCUUAUUCCUCGAUCAGGGGAUGUUCUCGAGAAAUCCGGCUCUGCAGAAUUCGCAUUCGGUUCUUCUCCCUAAAGGGGCCUUUAGUGAUAGGCUGGUCGGGGUGAUUCGUAGGAGAACCGCUGAAGUUUCUGCUUCUUCUCUAAACGAUAAUAUCACUGUUGAUGGAUCCCUUACAAAUAAGACUCUUACUGCGAGUCGUCCUGCAUCAUGCUUUGGAUUAUCCGAACACAGAGGUUAUCGGAGCCAAUGUGAGUACUUGAUUGCUCAUCCAGAUUGCGAUUCAGGUGGAUUUUUCAAUUACAUCUCGUUCUUCUACUGUGAAUGUGAAAGUUUUAGUCUCUUGGGUUAUGUGGCGUUGAUAGUUUGGCUGGCUGCUUUGUUCUAUCUAUUGGGUAAUACCGCAGCGGACUAUUUUUGUUGCUCCUUGGAGAAACUCUCGAAUCUCUUGAAGUUGCCAGCGACUGUGGCUGGAGUUUCGCUGCUUCCUCUUGGUAAUGGAGCUCCUGAUGUCUUUGCCAGCAUUGCUGCUUUUAUGGGAAAGGAUGCUGGCGAGGUUGGUCUUAAUAGUGUCUUGGGCGGAGCUGUCUUUGUUACAUGUAUUGUUGUUGGUGCUGUUUCUGUUUGCGUCGCUGAGAGGGGUGUCAGGAUUGAUAGGCAAUGCUUUAUCAGAGACAUUUGUUUCUUCAUGUUUGUCAUCAUCUCACUUGCUAUAAUCUUGGCUAUUGGUAGGGUAACUGUCAUCAGUGCCAUUGCAUUUGUUUCAAUUUAUCUGGUCUAUGCAUCUGUAGUUGCUGCAAAAGAGAUUAUGGAGAAGAACUCGGUGAAAAUGACACUGAACUCUGUAACACCUUUACUUCCUGUAACUGGAAACAUUUUCUCUGUUGGAAGUGAAGAGGAUGAAUCGGUCUAUGCAUCUCUUCUUGAGCCCGUGUCUGAUGUUGAUGUACCACAUCUCCAAAAUAAGCUGCCACUAUGGAUGUGGUCUUCAAAUGUUGCAAUCUAUUCAAAUCAGGCCUCGAAGGGCAGUGCAGACAGUCCAAAAUUUUUGUGGGGUUGGAAUGAGGAGGAUGCUGUGAAUGACCGCUCUUUGUUCUCUUGCUCCAAAUUAUUUUCAGUACUCGAGUUUCCCUUGACACUUCCUAGACGCUUGACAAUUCCUAUUGUGGAUGAUGAACGGUGGUCAAAAGUUUAUGCUGUUGCCAGUGCUUCGUUAGCACCCAUUCUUCUGGCAUAUUUAUGGAAAACCCAAGAUGAUUUAGGACCUCUGAGUGGAGAAUUCGCUUACUUUUUGGGGUUCUCCCUUGGUGGCGUGCUUGGUGUACUUGCAUAUUUGUAUACAAGCUCUGAUCAGCCACCUCGCAGGGCUUUGUUUCCAUGGGUCUUCGGUGGAUUUUUUAUGAGCAUUGUCUGGUUUUACAUUGUUGCAAACGAGCUAGUUGCUUUGUUGAUGUCAUUAGGUAUAAUUUUUGGAGUUAACCCCUCAAUUCUUGGAUUAACAGUGUUGGCCUGGGGGAACUCAAUGGGCGAUUUGAUGUCCAAUGUAGCACUGGCAAUGAAUGGUGGAGAUGGUGUACAGAUUGCUAUGUCUGGGUGCUAUGCCGGGCCUAUGUUCAAUACACUUGUGGGGCUGGGUAUCUCCAUGCUUAUUGGAGCUAUUUCGCAUAGACCUGCACCUUACAUGCUUCCCAGAGAUGGUAGCUUGUUUUAUACAUUGAGUUUUUUAAUGUCAGGACUUAUUUGGUCACUUAUUGUGUUACCUAGGAAUGGUAUGCGCCCAAACAGAAAUUUAGGAGUUGGCCUGAUUGUUAUAUAUUUGUCAUUCCUCACCCUCAGAGUGAGCACAUCGAUGGUGAAGCACUAAUGCUGGCAAUAAAUGUUCUUUUGAACUAAUCAUAUGUGCCUCAACUAGAAGCAGGGCAGUGUAACCUACAUUUUGAUUAAACAGUAGCCAAAGGUCGUGGACGCUCGUUGGACACAGAACAGUUAUUAUGACAAUAGAUGAUGUCGUAGGAGAUCAUGAUGCCUUGACUUUUAAUGGCAUCAGCCUGUUAAUAUCAUGAUUUGUAUCAUAGCAAUGUUUAGUGAAAGGAAGUUUAAAGAUUCUUAUGACAUGUAUAUGAUAUUCGUGUGUAACUUUCCCUUUUUAUCUGAAGGGUGUACUGGAUAUUAUUCUCGAGCUAGGAGAUUAUGGAGGGACACUCUCAAUCAGGAUGCACAUUGCAGCUGAAUCAGCCAUUUUUAGCUCGAUAGUGACGUGAAAUCUGUUUUGAGUUGGUUCAUAAAUGGCUCAUUUACUCAAAUGCAAAUGUUUACCGGAAUUUUCUUUGAGA